AUGUCAUUACAACAACAGUAUUGCUCUCUUAGUAAACAGAAGUGCAAGCCAUGUGAGGGAGGAGAUGUACAUAGACAAACACUUGAGCAGGCCAAAGACAUGUUGACACAGUUGAACAAAGAGUGGAAGUUGAUAGAGUCAGAACCAAACAAGAUAUAUAGGAGGUGGAGAAUGCCAUUCCCCAAGGGUGUUGAGUUCAUCAAUGAGAUUACAACAGUGGCCGAGGAGGAAGGUCAUCAUCCAGAUGUGUCAAUUAAGUCGUAUUGGAAUGUUGAGGUGGAGUUGUACACACAUGCACUCAAUGGUCUGUCUGAGAAUGACUUCAUUCUAGCCAGCAAGAUAGAUGAACUACCUCUAGCAAGCUAUGUUCCACCAACCAGAAAGAAGGCAGCAGCAGCUCAACCUUCUCCACAGUGA